AUGACGCGACCCAAGACCUCCAGUAAAGCUGCGCUCGAGCGGCAGCGCGCCCACGAUCGACUCAUGAAGCGGCAGGCCCGCGUCGCGUACCUCGCUGAGCGCACUGCGCUGCAAGACGCGUAUGUGACGCUCACGUCAAGGUUUUACGCCCUGCGAGGGACGAUGCUGCCGUGGGAAGAGGUCGCCACCGCGCUGCGGGAGGCACGCGAGGUCGCCGACAGCGACAACCGCGACCUCCAGCAACAAGUCCGCCAAACGCGCUUGUUUGCGACGCGCUUGCACCACUGGGUGAGCACCAUGUCGGCUCCAACGACCACGAGUCUUUCGUCCAACGUCUGGACCAAUGUGACGCUGUCCCACGACAUCGAGAUGCGUCAGCUGGGCUUGGAGUGGAUCCAAAAGCAGCUCUACCACAGCGCCAGCACCCAUCUCACGCCCUCCGUCUUUCCCCACGCGUACGAAGACUCGGUCAAAGUUGAGUGGGGUUGCCGCGGGCGCAAGAUCGUGCUGCAAAAGGUCGUGCAAGCCAGUCCUCAAAUCGUCGCCGCCGCGCUCUGGGCCGUCAACCGUGCGUCAACGGGCGAGCUUUUUCCCGGGGUUCACACAGCCAACAUCCGGGUCCUCCGCGAAACGCAGGAGACGGACCGGCAGCUGAGCUACAGCGUCGACGAGACGGGCAACUCGAAAGGCACGAGCCUCAAGAUCUGCCAUGCGCGCUUCCACGACGGCCACGACCGCAUCCUCGUCGCGUAUCGCUCCGUCACGAUCGACGACACGUACCCCGACGUGUUGGACCCGGACGAAUACCUCGAGUGGAACGAAAUUCGGCGGAUAUCAGCCACCACGUGCUUGCUCCGCAGCGUCAAUUACCUCCAACCGCGGGCGUCGUUCGAGUCGGUCACCGACUACGUCGAGGGUAUCUACCCUGCGGGGUACCACCACCAUCUGCAACAGUAUUCAAACUUGGGCAACCCCAAUCUCUCGUUCGAGCAGUACCUGCAACGCGCGCUCUUGAUGCGUGGUAUUGCGAUCGCCCACGAGCACAGCGACAUCCUCCACAAGGUCAUCCAGAGCGUCGUCGCCAACCCCGCCUUUUACAGCGUCUAG